AUGGCGCACGCGACGUUUCUCCGCUCCCUGCGGCCCACCAUCCGUCCCUCAAUCUGGCGGCACCGAUAUGCUCACUCAAGCCAAUUCCAACCCUUCGUACCACCGUCACCAAGCUCCCUGGGGAAACCCACAGAAGCAAAAACCUACAAACGAACCAUCAAAUGGUUCCGCCGAAUCAUCUACAUCUCACUAGCAACAGGCGUCGCCUACGGCAUUGACAGCCAGUUCUACGCCUCAUCGCUGACCCGAACAGCCCGAACGUUUUCCCUCGGUCUAGUCGUCGCCCUCGACUACAAAAUAAACUUCCGCCCACACCCGCCAUUGGCCAGCUCUAUUGCUGCCGUGCACGCCCGCAACGCAGAGCGCUUGUCGGAUCUGCUGAGAUAUAAUGGCGGUCUCUAUCUGAAGAUGGGCCAGGCGAUUGCGAUGCAAUCCGCCAUCCUACCCCCUGAGUUCCAGCAUAUGUUCUCCCGCAUGUUUGAUGAUGCACCUCAGAAUGAUUGGAAGGAUGUGGAGAAGGUCAUCCGUGAGGAUUUUGGGAAGUCGCCUGAGGAGGUAUUCGGUAUCUCGUUUACGGGCGAACCUGACAAGGGCACAAUGGAGCGCAGAGCCCGAGCUAGCGCCAGUGUUGCACAGGUCCAUUGGGCUCGUCUGCAGGAUGGUAGGGAGGUCGCGAUCAAGAUCCAAAAACGCGAGAUCGUGCAGCAAUUGGCAUGGGAUCUCUGGGCUUUCAAAGUUGUGACCUUCAUCUAUAGUAAGGUGUUCGACAUCCCUUUCUACAGUCUCGUUCCCUAUAUCAGUGAGAGACUAUCGCUCGAAACAGACUUCGUAAACGAAGCAGAUAACUCGGAAAACAUGGCCAAGCUCGUGGCCGCUGAACCUCGCUUGCGCGAUCGCGUGUAUGUCCCUCGUGUAUAUCGUGAGCUGAGCUCGAAGCGCGUCAUGACUGCCGAAUGGGUAGAAGGCGUACGCCUCUGGGACAAAGACGCUAUCACGCGGCCCUGGCGCGGCGGCUGGCGUCAGGGAAGUCCAGGCUGUCACGGUACACCACUUGACCAGCCGGAGGGGAAUGCUGCAGAUCGAAACCUGCGCGCAUCGAGGACCAAGCCACAGCGCGAUUACUGGCGCGGCCACAACAACCGCGGCGGACUGGGACUGUCGCUCAAGGAAGUGAUGACAACCAUGGUAGAUCUGUUCUCUGCCCAGAUGUUCCUAUGGGGAUACGUCCACUGCGACCCGCAUCCGGGCAACAUCUUCAUCCGUCGCAAGCCGGACGGACGGCCAGAGCUGGUUCUGAUCGACCACGGCCUGUAUAUCCACAUGGAACCCGGAUUCCGACACCAAUAUGCGCGGUUCUGGAAAGCCCUCCUCACCUUUGACAAUCGCACGCUGGGCGAGAUUGUCAAGGGCUGGGGCGUGAACAACCCAGAUUUCUUCGCGUCAGCAACAUUAAUGCGCCCCUACAGCGGCGGAGACAUGUCUACGCAGCGCGGCCUCCAGGGACUAAGUAAGUCGGAGCGUGCAGAGCGGUCCUUCGAAAUGCAGCAAAAGCUGCGCAAGGCGAUCCGCGAUAUGCUGGGCGAUGAAACCAAGUGGCCACAGGAGCUGAUUUUCAUCGGUCGCAAUCUGCGCAUCGUCCAAGGAAAUAACCAGUUCCUGGGCUCGCCGGUGAAUCGCGUUAAGAUUACUGGUAUCUGGGCUUCGCGUGCGCUCAUUGAGUCGCCGGAUCUGCCGCUGGUCGAGAAGAUCCGGAACAUCGGUCGCCAUUUGAUCUUCCGUAUGGUGCUGUUUAGUACAGACAUCUUCUUUUAUUUCACCAAGGUGCGCCAGUUCUUGCAUCUAGGUGGGGGUAUGGAGGAUGAUAUCGAGGCCCAGAUGCAGAACAUGGCCAAGGAUAUGGGGGUUGAGCUUAACCACAGCGUCUUUGAGGGAUAG